AUGUCUUGUUCAGUUCCAUGGGGUUAUUUAGAACCGAUCAAUAGCAUUUAUCCUCGUAAAAUAUUAACAAAAUCUUCAUAUACAAUUGGACGUCAUCUACAUGAAUGUGAUAUUGUAUUAGAUUCACCUGAACUUCGACAACAUGAAUAUUUUAUUCAUUUAAGUUCAAAACAUUUUAUUAUUGAAUGUGUAAAUAAUGGUCGUUCGAUAAUCUUUCAUGAUAUUAGUAGAAAUGGUUGUUAUAUUGAUGGUGAAUUAGUUCAUCAAUCAAAAAUUUCAUUUCAAAAUCCUGAACAUAUUAUUUCACUUGCUUUAAUAGAAAAUCGUGCUUAUAAAUUUAUUCGUUUAUCAGGUUUAUUUAAUGUUAUUAAUCUUGAUGAACGAUAUUUAAAAGCGAAUCUACUUGGUUCAGGUUCAUUUGCAAAUGUUUAUAAAGCAGUAUCAUCUAUAACACAAACACAUCGUGCAGUUAAAAUUAUAAAUAAAGAUCAUUGUGAAAAACAAAUUGGCCCAGGAUUUUCUAAAUAUCUUUAUCGAGAAGUAUCGAUACAUGGUAGCGUUGAUCAUCCAUGUAUCCUACGUCGUUUUGAAGUGUUUCAUGAAAAAACAAAUUUAUUUGUUGAAAUGGAAUAUGCUGGCGGUGGAUCAUUAUAUGAUCGAAUACAUAAAACAUAUAUUAUGACUGAUGAUGAAUGUAAAUUUAUUUUUUAUCAAAUUGCUUGUGCACUUGCUUAUUUACAUCGACUUAAAAUAGUUCAUAGAGAUAUAAAACCAGCUAAUGUUCUUCUGAUGACAAAUGAAAAAGAAACAAUAGCAAAAUUAAGUGAUUUUGGUGUAGCAAAAUAUGUUUAUGCAUCAUCAAGAUAUUUAAAUACAACGAUUGCUGGUACACAACAAUUCAUGGCACCUGAAGUACUAUUUCAAACAGGACAUUCUACAAAUGCUGAUGUAUGGUCAUUUGGUAUGACUUUACUGAAUGCUUAUGUGGGAGAUACUAUUUUCCGUUUACGAGGUAUUCGUGCAUUAAAUUCAAUAUCUCAUUUCAAAAAGGAUGCCAAAGAAAUUAUUGCAAAAACAUUAGAAAAAAAUACAUUUGCUCGACCGGAUAUGAUUCAAUUAUUUCGUUAUACUUGGUUUCGUGAUAAUGCAUGCUUUGAACGAAUUCAAAAACUUAUACAUUCACAAACUGGAAAAUACUUAAAUUUACCUUGUGAAAGAUGA